UGCUAUUAUACCAGAUAGGAAGAAAUAUGUGAACAUGGAGAAACAUUUUAUGAAGAGUUAUCUCAACCUGGUUGUCAAAACAUGCAGAUCCCGUGGUGCCCCAGCAACUGGAGGAAUGGCUGCAGCAGUGUUCAGCUCAGGAUUAAGUGAUGAAGAAGUGCGAAGUAAAACAGCUGACGUGGUUGAGAGUAAACGUAGUGAAAUUCUAGCUGGAGUCUCAGGAUUCCUUAUUUAUGAUUUCAAUCUUAUCCAACCUAUCCGAACCUUGUGGAAAUCUACCUUUGUCUCACCUACUCUACAUAAAGAGAAAGAACAUUUGAAUAUUUCUUCUGUUGACCUUCUUUCCCUCCCGGCAGGAGGAGUAACAAUGGAGGGUCUCAAGUUAAAUAUAGCAGUUGGAGUUCUGUUUAUAAACGGAUGGCUAGGUGGACGGGGAACCUUCGUUUACAAGGGAGGAGUAGAGGAUUCAGCUACAGCUGAAAUCAGCAGAAUGCAAGUCUGGCAGUGGCUGAGGCACGAGGUUCACAUAGAGAAUUCAAUACUGCCGGUUACUAGGUCCCUGGUCCUUGGUUUACUUGAAGAGGACACCUCAUUAGGAAGCUGCGAGGUAGCGAAGAAAAUCUUCCUCGAUGUAGUUUUAGCCGGAAAACCUCCAGAAUUCAUCACAACAUACUUGAACGAUAUCUACUGCAGAUAGAUACAAAGAUUUGUUCGCCAUUUUGGAUUAGCUGACUAUAGUGGCCAUUUUGAAACCUGUUUUGAUCGAAACACCUUUUUAUUUUAAAAAAAGUUGAUAAGUUAGUCUAAAAUAGUAUAAAAUAUAUAAAUUGGUAUAAA